AUGCUCGAACAAUGGAGCAACGGGGAUGACGUCGUACAACUCCCCGUGUUCGAGUCCGCCGGGAUCACCGUCGCCGUCCUCUUCUCCGAGACGUGCGACAGGCACAUAGGCCUCCUCCUCCACCCGUCGACCGCCCUGAUGCAGGACGCCGCGCGGCCCAAGUACCACGUCGGGCACGGGUUCCGCCGCGCGAACGGCUCGCUCUGCGUCCACCAACUCGUCGCGCUCUGCGCCGACUGGCACGCGUUUGAGUUCAACGGGGAGCGCGCCCACUACACCCUUCCUCCGGCCGUGUGGGAUAGUAUAUUAUUGCGCAGAUGUGCAUACAAUCAACACAAGUUUCUCUGCCGGCACUUCAACGCUGAGACUGCACUUCUAUACAACACCGGGUACUACAACGCCUACUUCUCCUUCUGGAAAUCUGUCGUGCAAGUGGACGACAUCAAUCUCCUCGACGAGCUCACGCCCACCUCGCUCCGCGAUGGUAUCAUCAUCUCCCGCCGCCGCAAUCCACGGUACGUCCUCGCACUUAAGGAUGCUGGCACGCUCCGUGACGUCCUCGUGUGCCACCUCAGACUCCACAAAUGCGUGCACACCAUCAUGCACUCGUUCAGCAAGGGCUGGGACAUGCUUGGCGGUACCCUGGUGUUCUCUCCCGCCUCCACACCAACUACGGCAACACCACAUGAGCUACAGUUCCGCGGGACGGCGUCAUCAAUGUUCUCCUUCCCCGAGCCCCGGCAGCUCAUCCCCACGCUCGCGACUGUCGAAUGGCAUCCCUCCACGGCAUCGUACGUGGCCUCGGUGAUCUCCAUGGGGCGCGUGCCGAGCACGGACGACCGGCCUACGUUCUACGCCCCUUCCGUGCGGCGUGACCUCUGA